UUCCAUGGAAAACGAUGCCCCGCACUCUACUCUCUUCCGGGACAAGUCAGGGUGCUCUUUUCCUUCUCUGAACUGCCCUUACGGUUUCAACCGGAACCUCUCUGUAAAGGAUGGCAGGUCAACAGCAACAACAGGAGCAAAAACAAUGUGUGCAUCUUCACCAGUGAAAUUGAAAACUACUCAAGAAGCAGGCAACCAUAUUUGGGAAUAACAGUUUACAUUGGGAAACGCAAAAUAGAGUUUAAACGUUUAAAGACCCCAGGGACCUGGAGGAUGGACUUUUCCAAGGUAAAAAACGGUUCCUCCAGAGCAGCUGCUUACAAUGAGAAAUCAGAGACUGCCACUCCUGAAGAAGACCACUGUUGGCAAAUUCCCAUUAAUCACAAUGACUUCACAAUUGUAAAAACUAAUGAGAGUCAGCUGUGUGAAGUCCUUCAGAAGAAAUUUGACUGUAUCUGUACCCUGGUCUCUCCAUCCCUGGAGGGUAAUGGUGAGUCUCAACAAGUCUUCAGAGAAAUGCUAGUUCCUGGGAUCGAGUUAUCUGUUUGGAAGGACGACCUCACCAGACAUGCUGUUGAUGCUGUGGUGAAUGCAGCCAAUGAAGACCUUAUUCAUGGGGGAGGCCUGGCCCGGGCCCUGGUGAAUGCUGGCGGCUCUGAAAUCCAAGAGGAGAGCAGAAGAUUAGUUUUCAGAAUGGGUAAAAUACCAACUGGUAAAAUAGUUACCACAAAAGCAGGGAGACUUCCCUGCAAAUUAAUUAUCCAUGCUGUUGGGCCUAGGUGGACAGCAAAAUAUUAUCAGACAUGUACCCGUAAGCUGCAAGAGGCCAUUAUAAAUAUUCUGGAUUAUGUUACCUUUAUCAAUCCAGACAUUGAGACGGUAGCAAUUCCAGCCCUGAGCUCUGGGAUUUUCCAGUUCCCUCUGGACUUGUGUACACAGAUCAUUGUGGAAACUAUCAGCUUUUAUUACCGAGGGAAGCAACCGGCCACUAAUUUGAAAGAAAUUCACCUGGUAAGCAAUGAGAAUCCUACUGUUGUUGCCUUUAAAAAUGCUUCAGAAGCAAUCCUAAGGAUGAACAAGCUGGGAUCCUGCAUGAGUCAAGAAGCCACCCCUCCUUUCAAGACAAUUAUCGUGAACAGUGUGACUCUCCAGAUUGUCCUGGGCUACAUUCAACUGCAGGAGACAGAUGUAAUUGUUAAUUCUGUAAAUCCAUGCUGUGGUCUUGGAUUUGGACCUGUGUCAGUAUCAAUUCUACAACAAGCAGGAGAUGAAAUAAAAUUGGAAUUUAAUAAAAAAAUUACUGAGAUGCAAGAUUCUCAGUUCGUACUGGUCACAAAAGGAUUUAAAUUGUCCUGUCAAUAUGUAUACCAUGUGUUGUGGCAUUUAAGAUGUUACAAACUGACUAAGAUACUGAGAACUGCAGUGAAGGAAUGUUUGGAGAAAUGCCUUGAACUAAAUAAAACUUCUAUUUCCUUUCCUGCCCUUGGGACUGGAAGCAUUGGUAUACAGAGCAGUAUAGCAGCCGAGAUUAUGUUUGAUGAAGUUUUAACUUUUGCCGAAUGCCAUUUGAAAAAACAAUUAACUGUAAAGUUUGUGAUCUUUCCAGAAGAACUGGAGACAUACAUGGCUUUCAGCGCUGAAAUGGCAAAGAGAAAAUCCAAGCUACGUGAUUUCAAUAAUUACAGUGUGCCCCAGUUGACCAGAGAAGAGAAAAGAGAAAAUGGGCUCAAAGCUAAAUCUCCUGCCAUCAGUCUGAUGGGAUCCAACCUGGAAAAGAUGAAGGAGGCCCAAGCGUGGAUCCAAAGGAUACUGACCCCCCAGGACCACCAUAUCAUUGAGAACAAUCAUAUCCUCUACCUUGGGAAAAAGGAACAUGACAUUUUGACUCGGCUUCAGAAUAACUUAAGGGUCUCUAUCUCAGAGAUUAUCAGUCUGGAAAAGGCAAUUUUAGAGAUGAAAGGAGCCCAAGCUGACGUCAUUGAGGUCGUUAUGAACAUUGAACUUAUGCUGUGUGAAGUUCAGGAGGAGAUGGCAAGAAAAAAGGAGCUAGCCCUUUGGAGCUUGUUAGGACAAUGGACUGAUUGGCAACCCCCAGCCCGGGAUGAAAUGAAAAGGAAUACAUUUCUGAGAUGCCUAAAGCUUUCAGCGGAGGAAAUUCAGGAUCAGAAGAAACAGUUUGAAAACUGUGGUUUGCAGGUUAUAAAGGUGGAGAAAAUAGACAAUGCGGUUCUCAUGGCUGUCUUCCAAAAAAAGAAGAAAAUGAUGGAAGGGAGAACACAUGGGAAGCCUGUGAGCCACAGGCUGUUUCAGCAAAUUCCCUACCAGUUCUGUGAAGCAGUAUGCAGAGUUGGCUUUCAAAGAAUGUACUCGGCGCCCUGCGACCCAAAAUACGGAGUUGGUAUAUACUUCACCAAGAACCUGAAAAACCUAGCACACCAGGUCAAGAAAACAUCAGCCAUAGACGAACUGAUAUAUGUGUUUGAAGCUGAAGUACUCACAGGCUCCUUCUGUCAGGGUCAUCAGUUACAUAUCGUUCCCCCACCAUUGAGUCCUGGAGACACAGAUUGCCAUGACAGUGUGGUUGACAAUGUCUCCAGCCCUGAAACCUUUGUUAUUUUUAGUAACACUCAGGCAAUGCCCCAGUAUUUGUGGACUUGCACCCAGAAUCAUGUACAGCCAUGGAAUUACUCAUCAGGACCAAGGAUGCUGUCUUCACAGAAGCCUGGAGCAAGAUUCUCAAGGGGUAGCUCUGUUGAUUAACCUCCACAUCAUUUUAACAACCGGCAUGUGCUUGCUUUGGAGGAACUCUCCAAAGAAUGACCAUCAGUGAUCAAAGAGUGGUUUGAAUAUGUCAGAUGGGUUGUCCAUAUGAACCGAUUGGGUUAUUGAGGGGACCCACCACAAACUAGCAUCUUAGUUCUUCCAUCUUUGUCUUCACUGCUUGGGAUUGGGGUGGGUAGAUCCCAACCCAAACACUCUCAGGACCAUUCCCUCUCCUUCAAGUUGUCCUUUCGUCUGUUUUACUAUAGGUAACAGCAAAAAUGUUUUACAUGAAGGGGUGUUUCUAGUAUAUAAUCCAAGCCUUUUUAUUUUUCUAAAAUGAUAGUGUAACAGCAGGAUGAUUUUAUAUUUUCCAGAGAAUCUUAUAUAGUGUUUUAGAUAUCCAAAUAAACCACCUUUGUCUGAG